AUGGUUGAAGCUUCGAUUGCCAAGCAGAACUAUUCGACUGAAUCGGAAAACGCACUAAACCAGCAGAUCCAAAUCGACCAGAUUGCCCAACAGCAAUACCUUUCGACUGCCGCGUAUUUCGAUCGCGAUGAUGUUGCUUUGCCUGGCCUCGUGAAGCAUUUUUUGGAAGAAGCGGAACACGAAGGGGAACGCGUUCAAAUGCUGAUUGACUACCAAAACACGCGUGGCGGUAUAGCUUUCAUUAAGGACGUUCCACAACCCAGCUCCGAGUAUGCGUCUGCUCGCAGUGCGGUGGAGGCGAGCCUUGCCCUCGAAAAGGACGUCAACAAGUCUCUAUUAAACCUUUCCUCGAUUGCCAUCAACUCGACUGAUCCCGAGUUCAAACACUGGCUCAAAAAAAACCAGCUUCGUAGCCGCGUCAAGUCUAUUGAAGCAGUCGCUAAGGGUAUCACUCAACUUGAACGUACACACGGUGAAGGAUUGGGUCUUUACAUGUACGACCAGGCCAUCUUGAAUAACGAUGGCGAGUUUACUAUCUAA